ACCUGUCACAGUCUGCUGAGUACAAUGCCACAAUAACCAGGAGAUCAGAUUAAUCGUUCGCGACUCUAAAGGCCAAAUGGAUUUCAAAUCAGUAUCUGUAAACUGAGUUUUCAUAUUUUAAUACUAAAGAGAAGAUAAAUACCGAUUAAACUGAAUUUAAUUAAAUUACAGAAUGUUCCAUAAGUAGGCUAUCUAUCAAGCUUUUUAAACAACUGGUGCACUUUUGUAAGGAUAACACUUACCGGAUCCUGUUUUGUGGUUAGAUUAAUUCCGAUCGUCGCAGACGUCAUGCCUCAGUUACUGAGGAAAUCCACCUAGUUAAAGCAGACAAGACGUUUACGAGUUGAUUAUAACUUCUGGAUGAUGGAGCCGUCAAUGUGCUGCCGCCUCAUCCUGCUCGGCGGUAUGUUGAUCACUGUCGCGGCCAGCAAUUUCACCAGUAACAGCACUACUGCCAUCACCCCCAACACAUCCCGGCACGGUAAUCAUACAAAUACAACGGCGUACGGGACCCACGGUGGAAAUCAUCACAUCAAUGAGACAUCAACUGCACUCCCUUCAACCAACACUUCGGAGCGGACCAGAAGCCACGGAACGAUAGGACCGACUACAUCCCGGCUAAAAUCAGCUACGACAAGACUGAUACAGUCGACUACAACUCCCAGCAGCGAGGUCCAUAGCAAAAACCUCGCGUAUGUCAUUAUAAUCAUCGUCAUAAUUGUCGCCGUUCUUACCAUACCAUGUUUCUGCGUAUUCAAAAAGAAAAAGGGUUACAACGUGGACAAUCAUGAGGAUGCCGGCGUUCCGCUGAGCGCUAUGGACCAGGACGCAUUCGAAAGCUCAUCGCCAAAAGAAAUUACCCCAGAGCUGAAGAUAUUCACAGCCAAUGAGACCAGCGCAGAACCGAAGGCGUCGAUGUCAGACGCUGUGCACGUCGCAGUGGGAGAUGGGAAAGGCGAAGCGGGGAACUCUGUCAAGCAAGGCAGCACCAGUGCUCAGGCCCCAGUGGGCCAGUCCGAGGAGAAGCUGGACGACAUCAAGCCAGGGGACACCGAUGUCUCCAAUCAGACCUCCGUGGAGUCACUGAAGGAUCUCCCCAAUGAGAACGGCGAUGAUAGGCCAGGCGCUGAUGCGCUGAAAGUGGAGGCAGCCCACGGAGCCCCAGCUGAGAGCUUCUCCGAGGUCAAACUGGACGAGCCUGUUUAAGAUGAUGUUCAUCUGGUGGGACGGAUCUCACAUGAAUUUGGAUGAGCAAAGUGUGAAGUGGGAAUCGGCAAGCAGAAGCCGCGCCGAUGUCCACCCAUGGCUGAGCACCGUGACCGAAUGCUUGAGGACACCUCGAAGCUCUUUUGACGCUUGCAUCACUCUCUGUCUGCUCUUAACCUUGUUUUAUUUCCAUCGCUGGACUAAAUAAAAACGAACGAUGCACUCUGCCAUUGAACAUAAUGCUAAUGCUAAUAAUUCAUGCGAUACGUAUUGAAUGUGUACAUACUGCACUAAAGCAUCAAGUAUUUACAUUAAUAUAAUACAUGAGCGUGCAGUUUUCUAGGCCUACUGUGUACUGUAAGUUACUCCAGACUGUUCAGCUUAGUUCUGCCGACGCCUUUCCCGCAAUGAGCAUAAUUUUAUUGUAGAAAAGCUACUAGCUAUGGGUAUCACAGAAAAGCCACUGGUUUUGGAAGAAUUUAUGGGGGGAAAAUGACAAUCGAGAUCAGAUCAGGAUGCAUCAUUGCACAUGAGAAUGGAUAGAAACUGAUAGGUGUCGAUUUUAAUUUUUAAUUUUUAAUGUCACUGCAGGAGUCCGUAUAAGUGCAUGUUUGUGAUUUGUAUUCAGUGAAUUCAGCAUUAGUUACUUUCCAUAUUAUUUAGUUAUUAUUUAGUUUUUUCAGCAAUUUAUCUGUUCUUAUUUUAGUAUGCUUGCCAAAAUGCAUAUAAAUGCAAGAGUAGAAAAUUAUGUUUUAUCAGGAAGACGGUGUAAGAAGUGCAUUAUUCAUUACAAUAAAACAGCUAAUUACUUAUACACGA